UUUUAUACUGAGCGGCUCACUUGCAAUCACCCUGCCAGCAGUUGCAGCCUCCACCUUCUUCCUGCCACAUAGAUAAAAAAAAAAAAAAAAGACUGCGUGCCUAGAGCGAGACUGAAAUCAGACAGAGACGACGACGCAGACAUGGCCUCAGCUUGCAGCAUCCUGUAUGAAGAACAGGUCCUGUGCUCAAUCUGCCUCAGUGAGUUCAAAGAGCCCGUCUCCACUCCAUGUGGACACAACUUCUGCAAGGGCUGCAUCACCCAGUACUGGAACAGUCAGGACAGUAGACCUGUACAGUGUCCCCUCUGCAAAAAGAAGUUGGGCAAUAAACCGAAACUCCAGGUUAAUUCAGAGUUCAGAGACGUGGUGGAGCAUUUCAACCACACGAGAGUAAAGAGUGGUCCUAAGAUCGUCGCCCAACCAGGAGAGGUUCCAUGUGACAUCUGCACCGAACCGAAGCUCAAAGCCCACAAGACGUGCCUGGUGUGUUUGGCCUCGUAUUGUGAGCCACACCUGGAGUCCCACCAGAACUUGAAGAAGCACAAGCUGAUCGAUCCUGUGUCCAACCUGGAGGACAGGGUGUGCAAGAAACACGACAAGAUGCUGGAGCUCUUCUGCCGCACAGACCAGCAGUGUGUUUGCAUGAUGUGUUUGAAUGACGACCACUCGGGCCACGAGGCUGUUCCACUGGAGCGCGCCUUCAAAGACAGGAGAGGCAUGUACGAGAACGUGACCUCAGAGAUGAAAAAGACGGAGAACUCCAAAUCACAGAGUGUUAAAAAACUCAAAGAUUCAGUUCAGAAGAGCAGGAAAAUAUCAGUCAACGACACUGGACAGAUUGCAGAAAUUUUGUCAGCCCUGGUGCUUUCUUUACAAAAAAAGCAGAAUGAACUGGUUAGAGCAAUCGAACAGAAGCAGAAAGAAUCAGAGAAACAAACUGAAGGUCGGAUCACUCUCCUGGAGCAACACCUUUCUGAUUUGAGAAAAAGGAGAUCUGAAAUUGAGCAACUGAUAAAGUCAGAAGACUAUCUCUACCUGCUGCAGAACUGUCCACCCAAUCUUACAUCUCCGAACACCCCUCUGUUAGACCCAUUUACUGAACAGCACACCUAUGCAGGGUUGGUGAAACAGUCAGUAGGUCAAAUAAAAAAGAGCAUCAAUAAUGAGAUAGACAUGCUGAUUCAGAAGAUCAGUUCACCUGAUUGCUGUGGAGCUGAAAACAUGAGACCUUCUACCCCAAAUGUGUGGCGUCCGCUGAAAGACAAGCUGAUGAUGAUCCAGCAAUGCAAUGCAGUCGAUGUGACUCUGAACUCCUAUAGCGCCCACACACACUUCACUGUAUCUGCAGAUGGGAAGACACUGAGCUAUAGACCAAGAGAGCACUUCUUUGAUCCUUUGGGCUGGCGAUUCAAACAUUACUAUGCUGUUCUGGGAAAUGAAGGUUUUUCUUCAGGUCAGUUCUACUACGAAGUUGACGUCUACCUGAACAGAUCCUGGACCUUGGGAGUGGUCAAAGAGUCCAUUAGAAGGGAUAAACUGUUUCCACUCACACCUGAGCAUGGAGCCUGGGUAUUUUGGGGCUCGCUGUGUCCACCAAACAUCAGGAGAAUUGGUGUAUUUGUUGAUUACGAGAGGGGAGAGCUCUCCUUCUACAACACAGAGACCAGGGAUCUGUUGCAUUCCAUCGCAGGAUGUUGCUUCACUGAGACAAAAACAGGACUGCAAGCUUUUCUUUACUCUGUUGUUGGAUUCUCCACUGUUCACAGACCAAAGCUCUACCCUUUCUUUUCAUUAAGUGGAUUGUUUGAUAUUCUUACUAUCACUCCUGUGGAAUGUACAUCCCAAGAUGCUUGAGAUGUACUUUUCUUUUACUCAAAUGAAUAUUUUUGAUAGUUCCUACUAUGCCUUAUAUGCAAUAGUGGAACAUUUCUAUGUAAUACAUCUUCCUUACAAGGUCUCAACAUCCAUCAGAUCUCCAAAAAUACAUAUUAAAAUAAAACACAGUCUUUCUUUAAAUCUCUGGGGGGCUGAGAAUAUUUUACAACCAAACUAGUCAGAAAUUGUGGAACUUCUGUAUGAAACUCUGACUUUGUUUCAACGAUUUAAUGAAUUUUAAUUAGUCUAAUUAUUUGUAAACACACGUAUACAGCGUCUUAUCUGUGUUUGAAGAAUUUAAAAAAUUUUUUGUUUCAAGCCAGUUUUUAAAUGCAUUUAUCUAUAUGAUUAUGUGUUGCAAAUACAUAAUGCAUAAAUUAUAGAUUUCAAAGAAUACUAUAAUAUAUUUUGAGGGGGGAUUCAUUUACUGUGUGUAAGUAGAACUGUGCAGU